AUGUUUCGUGGGUGUCAUAAAGUUGGGGGAUUAUGGGCGGUGGUGGGUGUUGUGGUGUUGGCGGCAGCAUGGGUUGGUGGCAGCGAGUUCCCCGAGCGGGAAUGUUGCGAUCCAGUAUAUCCUCCAAACACGGCUACGACUGCUGCUGCUCCAGUAACUCAUCCCGUCAGCAAGGCCGCAGAAAAAUCACUUCGAAGCUAUAGCAAAGGCACGCAAGACCUCACGGACUAA